AAACAAAGACAUAAGCGAAUUUACAUUUCCAAAGGAAAUAGAGAAUGAGCAUUAUUCAGAGCAUUGUGCAGUUCGUUUUCAAAUACGAAAGUUGUCCACGAUUGGAUACUUUAAAACGCAACUUUUUAGUGAAGGACAAAAUAGAGAAUAGUCCACGUUGCAGAUAAAUCAAAUUUGUGCCACUCUGUCUUUAAAAAUGUAUAUUCGCUGCGCGGAGACCAUAAUGACAGCGUAGUUGCUAGGGAGUGCAGUGUCCCGUUUAAAAUCUAAACCAAAGCGGAGUGAUACACAACUUGAAGCGGCAAAGGCGCGUAGGACUGUGGAAAAUUUGAUUAUCAUAUCUACAAAUUCGUUAGGUACAGUAGAUAGCAAGAUCAAAUCAACAUAACUAGCUCGUUAGCAACAUAACAAAAUGGCAGAUCAACUGACAGAGGAACAAAUCGCUGAGUUCAAAGAAGCGUUCUCGCUGUUCGAUAAGGAUGGAGAUGGCACCAUCACCACCAAAGAGCUGGGCACCGUCAUGCGCUCCUUGGGACAGAACCCCACAGAGGCCGAGCUGCAGGACAUGAUAAAUGAGGUGGAUGCUGAUGGAAAUGGAACCAUUGACUUCCCUGAGUUCCUGACCAUGAUGGCGAGGAAGAUGAAGGACACCGACAGUGAGGAGGAGAUCAGAGAAGCCUUCAGAGUCUUCGACAAGGACGGUAACGGCUAUAUCAGUGCUGCAGAGCUGCGUCACGUUAUGACAAACCUCGGUGAGAAACUGACAGACGAGGAGGUGGAUGAGAUGAUCCGGGAGGCUGAUAUUGAUGGAGAUGGACAGGUCAACUACGAAGAAUUUGUGCAGAUGAUGACAGCAAAAUAAAACCGGAAACCCAAAAGAACCCUUCACCACAAGACCAAACAGUGGGCAGCACUCUCACUGUCAACACUCGACUGUCCUCUUGUUUUUUUACUUUGCGUUUCUUUGCUUUCCCCCUCUGUCCAUUGUGCUUGAUUCAGGCUCAGCUGCAUAAAGCUCAGCGUUUCCUUUCAUUGUUCCUCUCUUAAGCUGUUUUCUUUGACAUUUUCUGUUUUUCCUCAAAUAAAAUAAAAGAUUUACAUAUACAGAUAAACAUACAUAUAGUAAAAUGGUGAAUAAAAAAAUAAAUAAUGUGAACAAUAUUUUCAAGCUAAAAUAUAUACGGAGAGAGAAAUGCAUGCUUUGUUUCUUUGGGAAUGUUUUUGUGCUACUCUGCUUGCAUUUUUUUGUUUGUUUAUUACAUGGCCAAUUUAUGGUUGUAGAUAUUUGCUAUCUUUUUAGAAGUGCCUAGGAUUACCAUGAUGGGAGGUGACAGGAUUUUAACAAUAAAAUAGACCCUAAUGUACUUCUGCGUGUAUGCGCAUGUUUGGUAUAUGUUUUUAGCAUUCUUAAUGUUUCUUUGAAAUUGUUACAUUUCUAUUUAAGCAUGUACCCAGACUUAAAUGCAUGCUUACAAACUCAUUAGUUGGCUGCAAAGUUGACCGUUUGGGUAUAGAAAACAUGGUUGUCCAAGGACCCCCUGUGCGGUGCUGCAUGCAUUUUUCCAUUAUGUCCUGACAUUACAAAAUGUUGUAACAUUUUCUUACGCUUGAGCAGGGGCAUGUUCAUUAUGCAGAUUCUGUUGCAAAAUGUUUUUCUUAAACGGAUGCAAACAGAACAACUUGUGUUUUGGUUCUUAAACGUUAAAUGGUUUCCGUAAUGAAUAUGCCCCUGGUCUUUCUGUUCAGCACCACCACAGUCUCGUUAGAAAUGAUGAAUUAUGCCAUUUUAACAAUCAUGUAAUGAGUUAAUGUACAUUUCACUUAUGCGCAAAGGUGUAAGGCAUUACUAUUUUUUACUGGUUUGUUUUGACAAAAUAAGUACAAAGUAGGGGCAAAAGUGGCAAUUAACUUCAAACCUGCUCUGAACAACUAUUUUGAAAAUAUGUUACCUGUGGAAGGGUGAAUCCCAAGUUAUUUGAGAGUCUGCUGCUUGUGGUUUUGUACCUAACUUGUGUGUAUGUGAUGGAAGGCACGGUCUGAUGUGUUGUCGCUGCCCUAUGCAUCAGAUCGUGCCAUAUUGCAUAUUUAACUCGACAACCUUUCAUGUUGUCAUCAAUAUUUCGGUUUCCCCCUCGCAUUACCCAGUUUGCUUCUUACUGUCAUGAAUGUUAUUUUCUUUCUGUUCAUGAUCUUUGUCAAAUUUCUUUGAAGACUUUGCCAGUUCAGCUGUCAUGUUCUUUCCCCUGCCCUUUAAAGUUGUAAGUUGUUUGGGGGAGAAUGAGAGAUUAUGCAUUCCAUUGCUAAUUAAACUCUUUGACCAGUGUUUCUAUA